GGUACAUACACUUCCGGUGGCGGCGAUGACUUUCAUACACGUGGGGUAAAAGGUGAAGUUUGUAAUUAGCACCAUGGCUGCAGCAGAUCCCAAUGUGAAGCAGGAGGAAGAUAUGUGGAGAGCAUUUUUUUCCACCUAUAACAAAUUGACAGAGAAAUGUUUUGUGGACUGUGUCCAUGACUUCACCACAAAGAAAGUCAGCAAAUCAGAGACAUCAUGUUCAUUAAACUGUUUAAAGAAGUACUAUGAGGUCUCUCACCGUAUCACUCAGAAAAUCGGUGAAUUUGAAGUAGCCAAAUUGAAGGAAAUUACCCAGUGACAGUGAAGAGUUGAUGGAAUCCCUGGUUAAUUUUUUGCUCAAUAACUGAAAAUGUAAAUCUGAAAGAUUUGUGUGGUUCCAGACAACAGACUUGGAUCCAGAAUUUUUCAUAAGAUGAGUAUGUAAGUGUACAUGUAGGAUUUAUGUAAGAGGACUUGUUUUUAUGUAACCCACAAGACUUGAUGACUGAAGUAUUGUGUAAAAUAUACUUAAUUUAUUGAAUAAGUCUGUUCGUUAUCAAUUACAUACAAUUGACACAAUCUGUUUAAGAUAAUACAUUAAAGGGUAGUUUGUGAAAAUAAAUUGAACGCUGGUAUUAAGUUAAUUAAGAAAUUUGCAAUUUACUGAUACAUCAAUCAUCAUUUCAAUGUACCAUUUCUUUAUUGAUUUGCUUGUCCUUUUUUUAUCUGUUCAUUAUAAUGAGGACAAAAAAUCCUGACCUGUUUAUAUUAUUUGAUUUCAUUAUAUUACAAUUCAAGCAAAAUGUAAUACCAAUUUUGUCCAACAGUCAUGAAAAAGUAUAUAAUGUUCGAUAAUUUGACAAUGCUGUUUGUUGUGAUUUGACAGCGUGUUCUUGUAAUUUUUUUAAAUAUGAAUUAUGUCACUAUUCAAAUUGAUUUCCAGGAUAAAAAACCUGUAAAGUUAAGAAAUUAACAAUUAACUUUAUGAGUAGAAUGUAUGUAUACCAGUAAUUGUAGCCCGAGUUACCUCUGGCCCCAACACCAGACUCAGACAUUUUGAUAGAUAGAUGUCUUGUACACCAGACAGCCAUCUGUCAAAAUGUCUUUGUCUGGUGUCAUGGCCAGGGGAAACACUGGCUACAGUAAUUGGUUAAAUUGAGAUUCACAAUUUCCAACAGAUGUAUGUAUUUUGCACAUUUUUACGAUGUGCUAACAACCUGUGGGUGAAAGUGUUUCUUAUGUUCGAGUGAAAUAUAAACUAUAUGACUUCAUCAAUAGUUCAUAAAUAGUUGUAUAAUGAUUUGAAUUGUCUGUUGACGGCUGACCUACAUGUCUCUUCCUAAAGUACCAAUCACAUCACUAGAAGAUUUCUUGUCUGUAAAUAUCCAUAGAGAUAUCUCCUUCUGAACUGUCAGUCAGGACUGAUUGGUUUGACCAGUACUUAUGACAUGUCAGUUAGGACUGAUUGGUUUGACCAGUACUUCUGACAUGUCAGUCAGGACCGAUUGGUUUGACCAGUAGGGCACAGUAAUUUUAGCGCUGGCAUCAAUCCCUCACAUCCAUUGAUAGCAUUAUGACAUCACUUGUUACACUGCUGAUAUAAUGAGGAGUUAAGUCCCUUUAUAUAUUUAACACAUAAUGCUUUAUCUGGGAAACAAACUCAUCUGAUGUGUCCGAAUUCAAUAGAUGUGUGUAAGAGUCAUUCUGGUUAGUAUUAUGGAAGUGUAUGGGAGAACUGGAUGAUUAGUUAUUGCUGACAGAAUGAAUAUGUUAUACUUGUGUAUUAUUGUGUGUAACGUUUCUGUUUUGUAUUAAAAAAUAAUUAAAAAAAUCCAGUAUUUGUUGUG